GUAUUUAAACAGACUCUGCUUAGCAACGCAAACAUAUUCAUAUCCACAUUGUUAUUCAAUUUUCUUUUUCCUUUUUCCAUCUUGUUGACCUUUACAUGAACAAUUAUUCGGAUUAAUAAAUUAGGAAAACAGUCCCAUUCACAUUCGGUUUGCCGUGUUAUUUGAUAUGAAUAUUCAACUUAAUUCAUAAUCUAUUUAAAGAUCGGCUUGUGGCUAAUUUUCUUAGAAUCACAUCAAAGUUUCAAUCUUUUAUUUGUUGAAAAUACAUACCUUCCUUAUUUGAAAAGAUAUUCAUUAAUGGCGACUGCUAUUGGAAUGCUGGGAAACGUUGGGGGUUGCGGCUCUGCAUCUGCGUCUUGGAUUCGUUUGAAAAACUGCUCAAAGAAGAAAACGAAGGGUGAGAAUGUUAGAUUUGGGGUGUCUUGUGUUUAUUCUCCUUCUGUGAGUGAUCCUUACAAAACCUUGAGAAUUAACCCUGGUGCUUCUGAAUCUGAAGUCCGGAAAGCUUUUAGACAGCUCGCUCUUCAGUAUCACCCGGAUGUGUGCAGAGGAAAUAAUUGCGGCAUCCAAUUCCACCAAAUCAAUGAAGCAUACGAUGUUGUGAUGAGUAACUUGAGAGGUGAAACGAAGAGGGCAGAAAUGGAAAUAUACGAGGAAUAUGAGGAUGAUGAUUCCAUGAGAGGAGUGAACGAUCCAGAUUGGGACAUGUGGGAAGAGUGGAUGGGAUGGGAAGGAGCUGGCAUUCGUGACUACUCUUCUCACAUCAACCCUUAUAUUUAAUCUUUAAUCUAGACUAUACUUACCUCGACGGGGUCAAAAGGUCUAUGGCCUAGGCUGGACGGCCCGAGUGGUCGAGCCUACGUCAUAUUUUUUGUUUUAAACAAUCUGGACUGCAGUAUUUCUGUUAAAAAAGCCCGUCCAUCCAUCUAUUUCAACUGAAGAUGGUUCGUGAUUUCUGUAUAUUUUCGAUGUAAAAAGUGUAAUUAUUUUGUACAUAUAUGGGAGUCUCUCCUCUGUGAUUAUUAAUAUCAACUAUGACGAUAUGAUAGACAGAUGAUAUAAUAUCAAUGAGAACUUAUAUUACUGGUUAAUUUUGUAUCAAUCUUGAAAUAAUUAUGAAGAUUAUGGCUUUGA